CUCUCUCUGAGCAACACCCCAGAGGUGAGACAAUGAAGCACAGCGUCCGUUGUGGUGUUCCUUUAAUCUUCAUUCUUUCCCUUGUUGUCUUUUCACAUACAUCUGCGCGUUUCUUGCACACCAAACCAGGUGAAAAGAUGGUGGAACACGAUGAAUCGAUCAACAGCAGUGAGGGAUCUCUUGUUGAGUUGGAAACCAUCAACUCCGUGAAUGAGCUUAUGGGCAUGGAGAACUGUGGAAGUGGAGACGAAGAGUGUUUGAAGAGAAGAGUUCUUGCUGAGGCUCACUUGGACUACAUUUACACCCAGCAGCGCAAACCUUGAAAUAUAUAAGUCGUAUUUCACCUUCUCGAUCUAUAUAGCUUUUUCUUUCUCACUGUAACAUAUAUGUCUUAAAAGGAGAGACCUAGCUAGAUGGAGGACUAGCAAAAAUCAUAUACUCAACUGGGAGUCCGGGUGUAAACCUUGUAAUUUUAACUAUAUCAACACUAAUUCUAAAUAACAUAUUAUAUAAUAUGCAUUCAUGAGCA